AUGUGCGUUGUUGAGGCUGCACUGAUGGGCACUGAUGAGGUGGCACUGAUAAGCAAACAUGGACAGGGUUGAGGGAGAUGAGUGGGAUACAGGGGCGGACUGACAACUCAUGGGGCCCCCGGUCAAUAGGGGAUCAUGGGGCCCCUGUGUCCUUGCCCACACUCAAAAAAACCUAUAAAAAAGGUACCAGGGGCAUUUCAUGGGGCUCCCUACUGACCCCAGGCCCUCAGGCAGCGCCCGAGUGCUCGAAAGGUCAGUCCGCCCCUGGUGGGAUAAUCCAAAAACAGAAACUAUAUACAUUU